AUGCAAUUUCCAGAUAGACCACACCAGCACUAUUACCAAAACUUAAUCAGCAACGACAUGAACAAAAUUCAUAUAAAACGACCAAAAAAUGCAUUUUUUAUUUGGUCGACUGAAGCUCGAAAACAUUUUUCUGCGAAGUAUACAAAUUACAGAAAUCAUGAAAUUUCAAAACUGCUAGGUCAGUUUUGGAAUGAAAUGAACGAAGAAAACAAAAGACCCUACUUCGAUAAAGCAAGAGAAGAGAGGAUACUUCACCUUAAGACUUAUCCAGACUAUACUUACUGUCCAAUCCGAAAAAGAAAAUCUAAAAAAUCAUUCAAAAAACCGUUAGAAAUUCCAAGCACUACUCAAAAUGUCGAAUUCGCUACAUUUGAUAAAAAUAUAAUUCAAUAUGAUUAUUACUUUCAAAACUCAGAGAACCUCCAACCAGAUAUUUACUACACGAAUUUUGACACGAUGGAAUAUUUUGAACCUCAAUCAUAUUCGACAAAUAAUGACUGGUAUCCAUUUUACGGAUAUAAGUACUGA